AUGGAACGAUACGACAUUGUCGACGAGGGCGACAUCAUACUUCAGGUCCAGGACAGCAUCGAGCUACGUGUAUACUCGCAGGUCCUACGACUGAACUCGUCCGUCUUCCGCGCCAUGCUAGGUAAAGACUGGGCAGAAGGCAAGGCUUUGAUCGGUGCAAACGCCGGAACGCCCUUCUGUCUCGAGUUACCCGACGAUGAUCCCGAGGCCAUGAAACUGCUUUGCUUGGUGCUGCACAAUCGCGACUACCUCAGCGCGCUCCCAUCGCCAUCGGCCUUCCUCAAGUAUGCGGAGGUCGUCGACAAGUACAAUUGCGCCAUGGCAGCCACGCUGUUCUCGAACGUGUGCCUGCAGCACUUUCAGAACAUGGGACCAGCAAGAAUAGACCUUCGAGGGUACGCCCAAAUUCUCCUGGCCACGAUUCGCCUGGACACCGCCUCUAGAUUCGCCUUCUUCGCGCAUGUCUUGAUGUUUCAUUGGAAUAUAUCUGACCUCCUCAACGCUCGUUGCGAAGAAUAG